GGGCGAGCUGGCACAAGCGUUAGCGGUGUUCCAGGAGAUGCCCAAGAACUACGGCUUUGUGCCCAAUGCCUACGUGCAUGGGAUUCUCAUCUCCAUGUGCCACUGCUUUGGCAAGUCGGAAUCGGCUCUCCAGGUCUACGAAAGCAUGCUGUCAU